AUGGCGGAUCCUCGCAUAAGGCAAAUAAAAAUAAAAACAGGCGUUGUUAAACGCAUUGCUAAAGAAAAGGUAGCAUACGAAAAGGAAGCGGAGCAGCAAAAGAAUAAAAUACAAAAAAUAAAAGACGAGGGCCAAGACGAACAUAACAUUAGGAAGCAAGAGGAAGUCUUGCAGGAGUCUCUUAUGAUGGUCCCAGACUGUCAGAGACGACUAGUAAAAGCUUUUGCUGAUUUAAAAACAACAUUAGAAUCAGAGGCAGAUCUGAAUGAAAACGAAGACUAUAUAACUGCUCAGCAGGUCUUAAAGGACGCUGAGGCUCAACUGCCUGAACCAGUUUAA